AUGAAGCGCUUCAGCCAGAGGGUGCAUGCUCAGCUCUCGCGCGGCAAAGACCCCAAUAAGCCUAAGAAGAACAAGGACUCGAAGGAUGGCACCGCAUCCCCUUCGUCGGUCGGCUCAGGCCGCGAUGCCGCCCAGUCCCCCAACCCGACUCCUUCGUCUUCGACGACAAACCUGACCGAUUCUCGCAACAAGCCGCUGCCUCCCAACAAUACUGGCGCUCAUGGCGGAGAACAUGGUACUGCAAACCAACCGUCUCCAUUGAGCAACCAGCAAGGUGCUGUCCCGGAUCGCUUCGGCUCUGCGGGUGCGGGUCAAGGUGCUAACGGCGGAGGUUCUCCAGCUCGUCAUGGCACUCUGCCCCCUACUGUCAUCAUCAGCCCCAGCGCUCCUCACGUUCCGCCCCCUGGUGCUGCGGAAACCAUGCCACACGAUCUUGCGCCUCCGAAAGCUGGCACCAAGUCGCUCAUGUUCGACCGCCUUCACCAGACGCCCAAGGAUGUGCCUGAGGGUCUCAGAACACCCAAGCGACAGCACUCCUCGAGAUUCGACAUUUCCGCUCAUCGUGAGCUCGAGAAACUGCCCGGAUUUCACGAGGUUCCCCCCAACCGACGUCAAGAGCUCUUCAUGCAAAAGAUUGACCAGUGCAACGUCAUCUUUGACUUCAAUGAUGCCAGCGGUGACAUGAAAUCCAAGGAAAUCAAGAGACUGGCGCUCCACGAGCUGCUUGACUAUGUCGCUAAUAACCGUCAAGUCAUUACGGAACCCAUGUACCCUAGGGUUGUUGAAAUGUUCGCCAAGAACCUCUUCCGACCAAUCCCACCCCCAAUGAACCCCCAAGGAGAGGCAUUCGAUCCAGAGGAGGAUGAACCUGUCCUGGAGGUUGCUUGGCCACACAUCCAGGUCGUCUACGAGUUCUUUCUGCGUUUCAUCGAAAGCCAGGAUUUCAACACGAACAUUGCCAAGGCGUACAUUGAUCACAGCUUUGUUUUGCAACUACUGGAGCUUUUCGAUUCCGAAGACCCGCGCGAGCGAGACUUUCUCAAGACAACACUUCACCGUAUCUAUGGCAAGUUCCUCAACCUUAGAUCUUUCAUCCGCCGUUCCAUCAACAAUGUAUUUUUCCAAUUCACUUACGAGACGGAAAGAUUCAAUGGUAUUGCUGAGCUCCUGGAAAUUCUUGGGUCCAUUAUCAACGGUUUCGCCCUACCACUCAAAGAGGAGCACAAAACCUUUUUGACUCGGGUGUUGAUACCGUUGCACAAGGUCAAAAGUCUGAGCAUGUACCACCCUCAGCUGGCGUACUGUAUCGUUCAAUUCUUGGAGAAAGAUGCCUCGCUGACAGAAGAGGCAAGUUUUCCUACCUUAAAUAUUGAACGUCACGUACUGACUUAUCAGGUUGUUUUGGGACUGCUCCGCUACUGGCCCAAGGUCAACAGCACAAAGGAGGUUAUGUUCCUUAAUGAGGUCGAGGAUAUUUUCGAAGUCAUGGACCCGGCCGAGUUUGCCAAGGUCCAGGAACCUCUUUUCCACCAGCUGGCUAAGUCGGUUGCCAGUCCUCAUUUCCAGGUUGCAGAACGUGCUCUUUACUUCUGGAACAAUGAAUACUUCUGUAACUUGGUCAGCGAUAACGUUGAGAUCAUUCUGCCCAUUAUGUUUGCACCACUAUACGAGAACUCUAAGGGACACUGGAAUCGCACAAUUCACGGAAUGGUUUACAACGCCAUGAAGCUAUUCAUGGAAAUCAAUCCUCAACUGUUUGACGACUGCUCCCAUGAUUACACCGAGCAACAGAACAGCGCUGCUGCCAGAGAGGCCCUGCGUGAAAGAAAGUGGGCUUCUAUCACGGACCAGGCCAACCAAAGGCGGUCAGCCAAUGGAACCGCGAACGCCCCGUCAACGGGUAGAGCACACGCCGGCUCACUCUCUCGUGUGGAUGAAGUCGAUGGGACUGAAGACAACCAAAAGCGAUUAGACUCUCUCAAGCUGCAAGAUGGCGAACGUAGGGAUCGUCGGACUGAACAAGAAGAUGCGGACUUGGAACAAAACGGCGAAGCAACAGCCAAUGCAUUCCAGGAGUCAUGA